UUUUUUUUGUUUUUUUUUUUACAGUGUGCAUUAGAAGUCCAUUAAAGUGUCAUUAUUUACGGAAUCAGACUUCAUGACGUAAACAUUCAUAAAGACUCCUUCAUGCUCAUCCCAGUGUCCCGUCAGUCCCUCCAAAUAAAGUGCUACCCAUUAGUUUGGAGUUGAACUCCUCUCGCUUGAUGGAAGCCAGCGGUGUUGACUUCAGGUCGCGUAGGUGUUCUCUCUCUCGCGCGCACAGAUCAGCGAUUUCGUAUCGGGGGAAUCCACGUGGAAACCGAAUGCAACUUUAACCGACUCGUAGUUACGCACAGUGUGGCACCGGUGCUCUCCUGGGAUUUCGCCUCUUAUUUUUUAAAGUACUUUUUAACUGCGUGUGUGGUCGGGGCGUGGCUCCUGUGUGAAAGUGACCCCCCCCCCCCUCCCUCCUCGCCAUCUCGCGUUUCCUCCUCUGCAUGAAAACCGCUGUCUGAGGGAAGUUGUGUGACACACUGUUACCAACACCACGAGCGUACAGAUGCCGCUCGGACGCUCCUCUGCUCCUGUGCAUGUGUGAGGACACCCAGAAGCGAUGCGUGAGCUCGUUAAGUUUGCACAAACCACAUCUCGUCUAAAAGUGCCCUCCUCACUUCGCAGCAGAUGGCACCUCCUGCAGCCACUUGUGGAGUAUUCCUGGAUUACAGCACACAGACUUGUUGGCUUCUCUGGGACUAGAGGCGUCGCGGAUGACCGUCACUGAUGUAACCCACCUGCAGAUUUCAGGACGCACUCUGCUGAGAUGAAUGCACCGUACAUCGCGAUCGAAGCAGUGAUCGCUGUCCUCUCCAUAUGCGGCAACGUGCUGGUGUGCUGGGCUGUGGCGAUCAACAGCACGCUGAAGAACGCCACCUUCUACUUUCUGGUGUCUCUGGCUGUGGCUGACAUCCUGGUCGGCUGCCUCGCCAUCCCCUUCGCCAUAAUUAUCAGCGUCGGCUUGUGCCUGAACUUUUACGGCUGCCUCUUCCUCGCCUGUUUCGUCUUGGUACUCACUCAGAGCUCCAUCUUCAGCCUGCUGGCCAUCGCGAUUGACAGAUAUCUGGCGGUGAAGAUCCCACUGAGGUACAAGGAGUUGAUGACGGGGAAGACCGCCAGGAAGAUAAUAGCCAUUUUAUGGAUCCUCUCCUUUGUCAUCGGCCUCAUUCCCUUCUUUGGGUGGAACAUGAAGGACUCGAGUUGGGACAACUCCAGCUCGGUCAACAACUCGGACUGCAAAGAGUGUUACUUUGAGAGCGUGGUGGACAUGCAGUACAUGGUGUACUUUAACUUCUUCGUGUGCGUGCUGGUGCCGCUGCUCAUAAUGCUGGGCAUCUACGUGAAGAUCUUCACCGUGGCCAGGAAGCAGCUGAGGCAGAUUGAGCUCAAGUGUGUGGGCAACGGCGACAACCAGAACAAGAGCCUGCUGCAGAAGGAGAUCCGGGCCGCUAAAUCCCUCUCCAUCAUUGUGGGACUCUUCACCGUCUGCUGGCUGCCCGUCCACAUCCUCAACUGCCUCACGCUGUUUUACGGCGCUCUGGACAAGCCUCCAGUUGUCAUGUACGUGGCCAUCAUUCUGUCUCACGCCAACUCCGCGAUCAACCCAAUCAUCUACGCUUACCGCAUUCAGGACUUCCGGAACACCUUCCGCAAAAUCCUGGUGCGGCACGUCCUGUGCCGCAAGGAGGAGCUUUACCUCAGCUCCAACGGCAGCAGACGCAACAGAGACGAGGUCACAGUGACCAUCGACCCUCUGCUAUAGAGGCGGAGGACUCCAUCAACGUCAAGGCGUGAGGUUUCUAAUGUUUACAGAACAAUGUGAAGAUGAACCGAUGUCAAUCCCACCUUGAAUGUAGACUUUUAUUUAUGAAUCAUAUUGGGUUGGGAUGGGGGUCUGUGAAGUUUUCAACUACAAGUCUUAAAUAACUUUUUGUUGUUGUUGAAGGAUUUUUGUUUAAAUAGUUGAAGCUAACUGGAUUUGUAGGACUGUGAGGAUCCAAACUCAAGAUGCUAUUUAUUGUUCUGAAUUCACCGUUCCAACUACAAACACUCCUCUUUUUGUGCCCUGCUGUUUUUUAUACUCUUGACAUUCAGUGCCAGUGUUAAAAUAAUUUAUUUAUUACAAGACCUUGUCUUUGAGAAUGUAUUGAUCAAACAAAGGUAAGUGUGUGCGUGUGUGGGCUACAUCUGUACUUGUGGAGCUAAAGGAAGGUACAGCGGUAGCUUUCCUUACCUGUGGGUAUUCUGCAGCUCACAGAUCUUUGCUUCAUCUGUUUGCUGAGAGGAGGACACAUUUUCUUCAGCUUAGAUUUAUUUAUGAAUUUAAUUCGGAAGGAAGCAGUUGAGGUGAAAGUGUGAAUCUCUGCGUAUCAUUCAUCAGUACCCAAUAGUUUUCUCAGACAAGCUGACCUCAUGGGUCCUUAAAUAAGCACCGAGUUUGUAGAGUGCUAAAAAAUUCAAAUAAAGUGACGGUAUAGUUCUUUUUUUUAAUUGUGAGGUUCUGCUUAACAGUUCAUUAAAUUGCAUUCAAAACAUUUUCAAGACAAGUUUUAUCUAAAAUCGAGACGUGCAUGAAUGAUAAUUUGAUUUUCCAUCUACUUUAAAUGCCCUUGAAAUCUUCUAAGCCUAACUUGUCAUUUAUAUAAAACCCAAUUAUGAAUGUUUUGAUUUUAUUAUCCUUACCGAGAGAUGGCUGUAGACUCCUCUACCAUUCCUCCUUUCUGGCCUCCAGCACAUAGAAUCCACUCAAUAUAGGUUAAAGUUUACAUUUAUAAAACAUCAAGUCAAUGCUGAGCUUCAGUUACAGCACGGCUAAGUCCUCAAAGCAGAAACCUUAAUAGCAGAGUAACUGUUCCUAAAUAGUAUUUGAAGAAAACAACUGAGAUUAUUUUAUGCUAGAGUUGUUUUUAAAUGAUUAAAGUCUCCAACGGACUAGCCGUUAGCUUUAGCCUAUGGGGCGAACUAAUCUGGAUUUAUACUAAAUUAAGGGACUGCAAAGAUUGCUUAUAACCUUUUAACAGAAUCUCACUUUCAAAAUACAAUUUUUUAAAUUAUUAUUAUAGGAUGAACAACAAGAAACAAGCCACUUUUCUUCGCCGUGCAUCUUACUGAAACCACUAAAAACCAAACUCACCUUUGUAUGUGUUCCACAGGAAAUGGCUAAGUGGUUGAAGUUGGCGUAGCUGCAAAACUCGCCUACAGUGAUGCGCAUUUCUUCAAGCGUAAGCUCAGGAAGUGGAGAACGGAUCGUACCCUUUAAACUAAUUUUGCGUCGGCAUCGAACCUUUUUGGCUGCUUCACCAUGACAUGCAAAAUGACACCUCAAAUCAGAGUCUUUUAUGUAACUCCACGUCGACCGGGUUCUGGUCACACGUCCCUUUAGUGGCUUGCAUAAGACUUCAUAGCUGUCAUUGCUUUGGGUAUAAGAGUUCAAACCUUCGCCCACAGUCGAUCUUAAAAACCACAGAUGGAACAGACACAAGCCAUUUGAUUUCGGAAAACAAACGAUUUGAAUCUUUAAGACAAACUUUAACUCAGCCGAGUAAUGUUAUGUGUGCCAACAAAAACAGGUUAGUAAAUCCAGAUUCCAGUGAGGGAGAUUGUGAAAAGUAAAUAUUUUUAGACAUAGAGGCAUUAUUAUAAUUCAAAGAAAAGCUUUUAAGCUGCAAAAGAAGGUCUUUCUGCAAAGUCACGCCAUGUAUGAACUACCAGAAGGCGUUAAGGUCACCUGACAGUCAUCACUAUUCAAAUGAGCAUUGCACUGACAUUUUAAUUUCCUGUUUUGGUGUGCUUCAUUGGUGUAAAAUAAGUGCUCUGAUGUGGAGCCCUCGGUCUAUGCUGCUGCUCUGUCUUUCUGCGUUUCUUGAUUUCCACCUCCGUCUGAUUUCAAGGGCUAAAACACAGGAGUGUCGCAACGUUUGGGGACAUUCCAAAGGAGACAUCUAUACUGUAACUGCACUGUAGCGUUAUCUUAUCGUCUUUGUUGACUGAUGUGUGACAAUAAGUACUGUAGCUGUCUGGCUUUCUGCUUGAUGUCAAACUGUUGCCUUGAUUUCUUAUUUUAAAAGGUAAUGCGAACAAUGGCAAGUUCAACAUUCCUGCCUUUCAUUCCCAAGUACCCAUUUGUCUGUGUGCCAUCCUGUUACUAAUCAGGAAAAAUGCCUCCACUGUGGUCAAGCUGAUGUCCAACUUUUGGACGAAAGUUCAUUCGUUCAACACAAAACCACAACUGUUUAACAUGAUGCAAACUGUAUGUAUGGUGAAUUAUUUUGUUAAUAAAGGCAAUGUUUAUAUUG